UCGAGAUGUCGACGAGCAUUCUCAACCUCACAGUUACACUUCUGUCGAAGAUGGCUGUGUCUACAUAACACAGUACAUAAUGGUAAUUACGGAUUAAUUUCGGAAUUGUUUGUUUAUCAAAAUUAUGGUGUCGCAAUCGUGUCUCGUAGUGAUCGUACGAGUCUUCCAGAUUUAACGUGUCCUUUUUCGAACGCAACAGUUUGCCGAUCGAAUCUUUAUGGAUAACUGUGCUCUAUCACACUACGCUACCAGUGCAUAUUACUUGUUGCAACUUGGUUGUAACUUGUAACCGUUCCACGUGCGCAUUUUAGGUUGAUAACGUUUCUCUCUCGCGUUGAUCUUCGGCAAGCAGAUCGUUGACGCGAUGGCAGAUACGUUGCACAAAGAUGGAUAUGAAAUGUCCAGUAUAGCGAUGCGUGGAGGAGGUGGUAACAUGGGAACCGAUAGCGAUAUGAAGCUGGAACCAUCUAGUCCUACAGAAAAGUACACAUUCUCUCGUUGCAGUAGUACCGGUUCGGUAAACACUCCAUCUUCGUCUGCUCAUAACACGGAAGACGAAGACAGCGACAACAAAAAUUCGACUAUAAGCUAUAAGGAACGCAGGAGGGAAGCGCAUACUCAAGCCGAACAGAAACGGAGAGACGCGAUUAAAAAAGGAUACGAUUCUCUCCAGGAUUUGGUUCCCACUUGUCAGCAUACCGAUUCGUCGGGUUACAAAUUAUCUAAGGCUACCGUGCUUCAAAAGUCCAUCGAUUAUAUACAGUUUCUGUUGCAACAAAAGAAGAAACAAGAGGAAGAACGUAACGCUUUAAGAAAAGAAGUUGUCGCCUUGCGUAUUAUGCAAACUAAUUACGAACAGAUCGUUAAAUCGCAUCAGACCCAACCAGGACACGCGGAAAUGCGUAUAUCCGACGAAACUAAAUUUCAAGUGUUCCAGGCAAUUAUGGAUCGUUUGUUUCAAACUUUUAAUAACAUUUCUGUAGCAAAUUUUGCAGAGUUAUCAGGAUGUGUGUUCAGUUGGUUGGAGGAGCAUUGUAAACCUCAGACUUUAAGGGAAGUGGUACUGUCGGUACUCCAGCAGCUUAACAGUCAAAUCAGCUAGUCGAGUAUAUUAUAAUAGAGUUCAUGGUUGCACAAUAUAACAUCUAUAAAAACGAUUUGCUGGUACUUAGUUCAGUAACUGGUAGAGUUACCAAAAAAGAUGGGAACAUGUGUGUUUUAUGCAAUACGGGUAGCAUAAUAAGUGCACAAGAAAUAUACAUAGAAAUUUAUUUUAUAUAUUAAUAUAGUUGUAGAUAUAGCCAUGGACCGUGGCACAGAAUUUCCUCAUGCCGUUGUUGGCGAUCGGACGAUGUUAAAUAUUUUUACCAGAGAUUUUUUAUUACAUCAAUUUUGUCACAUAUGUGUAUACAUAUGUGUGUAUGAAUGUAACCGACUAUGUACAUAAUACGAAUUAAUCUGCAAUAUAGCAGCUUGGAAUAAACGUCAGACUGUUUUGGUUUACAUUCCAUAUUUCACAGUCAUCGAUUACGAGACUCAAAAUUCUUCGGUAUCGUUUGUUUCAUUUCUAAUUCGUUCUUCCGCAGUUAUUGUCAAUUCUUUUUGCCAAACAAAUUUGACAAUUUUGCGUGUUUCAAUUCCUUCUCGUUAAACUUUGUCAGACUCUGUAGGCAUACUUUCUCCUUGAGUAAUAUCAUUCAAAAGUAUUGCAUCCAUUUUGGGUCUGUUAGGGUCAUCACGUUCUUGACGAGGAUUCUGGACACGUCUUCUCUUUGUCCUGUCUUCCUGUCUGCAGCAUAAGUCCCGAAAGAUACAAGCAUAACAGGCCAGCAGUGCGCUUAUCAUCAUUAAACCUCCAAUCGCGAGAACGACUACCAAAAAUAUUGAUAUUUCGUCACUCAUGUUCAAACUGUCUGAAAAAGUCAUCGCAUCUAUAUCUUGGGACAUACGAAUGUAUCAACGAUAGCGUAUGUAUGUACUUUUAUUAAUUUCAAUCGAUUAGGAAUUCUAUUAUUCGUCAUUGUUCCGUUUCCUUAGUUUCGAUAUUUGUAUUACAUCGUGUCCUUUCGCAACGGAAACAACCAAAGCCUUUUGCACGAAGGAAUAAGUUUAAUUUAGAGUACUCACUGUUAAAUAUUUUCUGAAAAGAAUGGACCGAUGUAAAUGUCAAAACUUAAGUCAGGAUUAGAAUUCGAAAUGAUCUGAAAUUUAAGCUUUAAGAAUAUUUAAUAUAAAAAGAGAAGAAUGCUUGUUACGUUGUAAAUAUUUUAUAUAUUUUAUGAAUCGAAUAAAGCCCGAGUUCAUCUAAUGCGAAA